GAUAGUUUGCAUUCCUCUUUUGCAAGUCCGUGACAGCAGUGAUAUAAAUGCACUGAAACGGCUGCAAAUCCAGAGUCUGAAGAGACAAAAACUGAGGCAUGAUGGGAAUUCUCCAGUUCAUCUCCGCUGCAUCAUUGCUGUGUACGGCAUCUGGUUUCCCUAAACGUCACUUUCAUUAUGUCAACGAACCAAAGACCUGGAAAGAAGCUCAGAGUCACUGCAGAGAAAAGUACCUGGACCUGGCAGUGAUCACCAGCUUGGAGGACGUGACAACUCUGAACAACAUGGUGGAAGUCUUAAAUGUAGCCUGGAUCGGUCUCUACGAUGACGUGAACAGCUGGAGGUGGUCCUACUCUGACCCAAACUUCUACCAAGGCGGUGAGGCUGAGUUCAGGAACUGGCUCCAUGGCGAACCAAACAACAUGGAAGGCAAUGAGCCCUGUGGAGCGAUGUGGGCGACUGGAGAGUGGAUCGAUGUUUCCUGUGAGAUUUCCAUGAAAACAGUCUGCUCUGAUGUUGAAGGGCGCAAUGCUUCAUUUAUCUUCAUCAACCAAACUAUGAGCUGGGCUGGAGCUCAGAGCCUCUGCAGAGAGCAUCACACGGACCUGGCCAGCGUCAGAUCCACCUCAGAGCUGGAGCAGAUAAAGGAGCUGCUGCAGUCAGUGGGAGAGGAUCAAGCCUGGAUCGGUCUCUACAGGAACUCCUGGACGUGGGUGGAUGGAAGCAGCUUCUCAUUUAAUCACUGGGCUUCAUCAGAACCUGCAGGACCAGAGGAAAACUGUGCAGCUGCUGCGUUGGAUGAUGGAGGAAGAUGGCAGGACUGGCCUUGUAGCUCUUCCAUGCCUUUUUUUUGCUAUGAAGGUCCGGUUUUUAAGCAGCUGGUGAAGGUGAAGCUGGUGAAGAGCUCCUCCCUGGACCUGAAGGACGCUGCUGUGCUGGAAGACCUGCUGAAGAAGUUUGAACAGAAGCUGAAGGACAGUGGAGUGGAAGGAGACGUGAAGCUGAGCUGGAAGGAGCAGUCGGAGGGAGAGAUCUUCCUCCGGGAGGAAUAACGAGCUUCAAACCAAACGUUUGUUGUUGGUUCUGACCUUCUGGUCACAAUCGUCUGAAAGGAGGCAGAACUUUGUUAGAUGUGUGAUGCAGCAAAGAUCAGUGUGGAUGUAGUUCUAUAGAAGCUAACCGUAGCUGAAUUUAUCUCCUGUAUUUUUCUGAUUAUCAUUCCAAUUAUCCUUUACUUAGUUUAAACAGGAAUCAUUUCUGCAAACAUGUUUACCUGAAUAACUAAAGUCCUCCUCCAUGCAGGUGCGUAACUUCCUGUAUGCUUUCAUAGUCGCGUCUGAUUGGCUGAAAGGACAGGAUGCCUGUCAAUCAAAGGUUAAAUCUGUUCCUCUGUGACUUAGCAGUUCUGCAAACGUUUGUUCUGUUUCUGCUGCUCCGUGCUUUUAUUGCUCCAAAGUUGGACUGUUUGAUUCAUUUAAAAAUGCAAUAAAAACUUAGAGC